AUGGACCCGCAAGGAAAUAAGACGUCUGAAACACCAAAGAAAGAGAUGACUAAAGAGGAUGCGUCGCGUAUUCAGAGCGCCGAGGCCAAAAAACAUGGCGGAGAAGUUAAAAAAGGAGACUUCGCUCCACGUGCUCAGGCCGCCGCAGACAAGCAUGAAAACGAGAAAAAAUAAAGAUUUCAAUUUAAAGAGGAAAACACACAAGUUUUAGUAGUUGUAAUUGACAUGAGAUAACAUUGACUCUUAAUCAGGCUUAAAAUGAUUUAAAGUAGGUUUAAUAGGUCUCGCCGUUUGUUAAACAUUUGGCUUCACUCGAUUGUUUACUAUAUUCGAGUAAAAUAUUUUAAUCUAAAUUGUGGCUCAGCUGUGAUUCUUUAGCUUGAUAAAAAAAUAACAUCGAUUGAAGACAAAGAUUUUGCGUGAAACGUUUUUAUUUCAACCUGAAACUUGCCCUAUGGCGAAUUUCAAAAGAGAAUGAGCUUGGGAAUUUCUGCUUGAAUCGCCUGCUGGGCAUGCCAUAUAACCUCCUGCGUUUCUUUUCAGAAAAGGAAAAUAUAUUAAACCUGUCAAAACUGUUUCUAAGAAUCAAACGCGAUAAGUAAUCUGUUGCAAGAAUUUUUACUGUCUACUUCAGGUAAAACUUGUAGGUAGUCAUGUGGGGAGGUCUAAAUAUCUGCAAUAGACAUUUCCGAGUUGCUCAGGGCCUCUCUUUUAAAACGAGGCUAAGUGCAUUCUCAUGCAAAUAAGAUCCUUUUUCACAAGAAAGCUUUUGCACUUAGCCUCGUUUUGAAGGCGAGAGUAAUGGAAAGUAACUCGGAAAUGGCCUAUUUCAUCAGCUGUUCUACAGAACUAGAAGAUAAGCUCUUUCGACUAAAUUCUGUUUCUUCCCCCUUUGUAAGGAAAUCCAGCGUAGAAACACCUGGCCAUGUCCCCCACUUAGGGCUAAGGUAUAAAUGUACUUUAUUGCUGUGCUUGGCGUCUCCAAAACAAAGAAUGAAGAAACAGCCUGACAAACACUGUUUAUCCAAAAACGUGAAGUUUGUUCUUAAUAGUUUUACCCACAACCCUUUAAUCAGUGCAAGAAAAUGCUAAAGUGUCAAUGUCAGAAUAAGCAUGAAGUGCUAAUUGAGGAAACUGUGCUAUAUGCGCCCCAGCGGGGGCUGGCAACGGCCUUUGAUCUUGCCGCUUUUCGGCUUUCCAUGAUCGCCCCAGUUAAGAAAUCUGUCAAUCAUUCGAGAACUGUAGCGAGCAUGCGCGGAACGGUCUUCGCAGCGAUUCAACAGCGUGAAGUGAAUUCGCUUUUGGUCCUGUUGGUCAUUGCUUUCUUUGCUGUAACCGAUUUUUUCCGCAGUAAUGUGGGGCUUACGUUUUCCUUUCUUCUGGUCUUGCGUUUGUCAUUACAUGCGGUUUACUACGCUAAGAACGAGACCAGUGAACAGUCAUUGUACAUGUACGUGUUCCUCGAUGCCCGACCUUUUGGCUCACUACAGGCUUUCAAGCUGUGUUUCUGUUUAGAAGACCCACAAGACUAGAAAAAGGGCCAACCCUCCAAUGCGUAUGUAGAAGAGUUUAUAUUUUCAAGUGAAAGGCCGAAAAUUAAUCCUUCGUGACAUUAAAAAGAGCGCGGUAGCCGUGGUCAAAUAGAAGAGUUGUCAGAGUUGUUUACGGUUUUAGUACACCUUUAAGACGAAAAGAAAUGAUGAUUGAGAUUCUUAAUUCUUCAUCCUUGAUUGUGAACUUAUCCUGGCAGAGUUGCGUUGGAUGAUUGAGUGGCAUGUGGUCAAAUCUCGUAGUUCAUGUAUUUUGUUAUGUAAUAGAAGCUAAAUAAAUUUUGCCAAGAGAUCAUUCACUCUUGAUAUGCUCAAGUUCUUAUCUUUGUGUAAUUUAAUUUAAACUUUACCGUAGUUUCUAAGAAAUGAAUAUAGGCAAAUGAAAGGGUAAUUAUUUGGUGUGUUUGGAAUUCUCUUUUCAUGACAGCAGUUACUACACUGCCUUCAGUUUGAGUCCUCAUUCAAUUGUGUUUUGUUUUGUUGCAAACAAAGAGGGAGAAAUUAUAAAUAUUUUAUUCCAAAAACUACACUACCCACUGGAACAAGAGUAUGGUUUAAAAAAGAUUAGCUAAGGUCAGAAAAUAAAUGUUCAAGUUUGCAUGUUUUGACAAGGACUACAUCUGGCUAAAUAUGCUUCAAAGGGAAUUUAUAAAAUUAAAAAAAUGAUGACAUUUCUAUUUUUGCCUUUCCUUUGGCCACUGUGAUCAGUUUUUGCCAUAUAGUUGCAUGUAAUGUUUUACACCUUCGGACAUCAACCUACCAGGUUAGUUUGAGUCUGUGUAAAAAUGUAGUUUACUGUUAAUGAAAUCAAAGUAAACCCUCUCAACUUAAAAAUUGCCUUGUACUAGUGGAUAUUGAAAACAUCAUAGGAUGCCUUUGAAAAAAAAUGGAAAAUGGUUAUUAAGAUACUAUUAGUAGCAGUCAUCAAUAACAGUUAGAAACUUGUGUUGAGGCUGGCAAAAAUAUUUUUCAGAGACCAUAAGCCUUCACUGACUUUGCUGUUACAAUAAGUGGUAAAAGGGAAUUAAAAUGUGAGAUCACCUCCCUGGGCUUACACUGAAAGAGAGUAUGGGUAGUAGGACACAUUAUGGAUUUAAGCCAAGAGACAUUAUUUUAUAAUCCUGAUUCAUCUCCUUUAGCAUACAGAAUUAAGGUAGCUUUUAAACUUAGAAACAUGGCAAAACUUGGGGGGGGAAAUGGUGGUAACAAUAGCCUGUACUCUAUAGACCACUUCUUCUUCAACCUUCACAACCCAAACAGACACCUUGUUCAAAACUCUAAAGGGUGAAAUGGUCACCACCCUAAAUCAGCAGCACCCACCCAUCUAGGCCAAAUAAGCCAAGGGUAGUAUCGUAGAAAGAACUGCUGAGAGGAUAGGGCUCAAGCCCGACAAUAACUUCUUUUGAUGGUUGAUAUAAAAUCAAUUUUACCUAGUAUAAUUUAGUUGUAAAUCAGAUUCAUAACUUAAACAAACUUAAGUUGUAUAUUUUCAAGCCUCUUCUGAUUCUCUUUAUAAACUUUGCAAAACAUUCACUUUUCUUUUUUCUGUUUCUUGUACUUCAGUCCUUUGAGCGAUUUUCUCAACGCAUACCCUUUCCUGAUGUACUCACUCCUAUUAGCAACUGAAUUAGCCUCUUGUUCUUACACUUAGCCACCAUAAUCAUUCAAGUAUAAUUCAUAACUAAAGGGUAAUUUUUGUACCACCAAUUUCAAGGAAAUACUUGAAACCGAAGUCACUAUUUAAUACAAACCUACUGAACACGGUAUUGCUGUUGGAAAUUUAUUGAUUAUCACUCCAAUGACAUUCCAGUGAAGGUUUUGAAGGUUCAGUAAACCCCUCCCUGCAGCCUUUUGAUAUUAAAAAUAGCUUAUACUGACAGACCCAGUAUAUGCAAAGCACGUGAUUGGAACAUAUACCCUGGUUUUUACUAAAUUGGCCCCGUAUUCUGUAUUUACGCCCAUAAAUAUUUGUUGUGCCUCCCGGUGUACACAAACAAACGUACAAACAGCGAAGUAGAAAAUCAGUGGUUUAAUGAACAUUCACCUUUGACUGUUGCAAGACUCAUACCAAUAUAUUGUGCUCGUAGCAUAUGUUUAAGAUAAGGAAGAGAGUCUUAAUACCACUGUAAGUGGAAAAAAUAUAAGAAAUGGAGCAAGAUGCUCGAAAAUUCACGAACCUUAAAAAUAACUGAACUUGCCGAGAUUAAGUGAAGUCACCCGUGAACUUUUCAUACUUCACGCCUCCUGAUGUCCAAAAGGUCCAUUAUAAAAGUUCAUAGAAACGUUCUCUUGAUAUUUGUACGCGGGACAACUUAAAACCGAGCAAAAACGCAUCGUCCUUCCAUGUCUGCAUUCUCCGCCAUAUUUGUUUUCAAGGAAAAUUUGUACUCAGUCUCACUCGGCCGAAUUUCUUAACUGGGGCGAUCUUCAGGGCGGAAAAACGUAAUGAGCAUGCGUGAACUUUUUUGCCCAGAUCCCCUGGCCGGGUUUGAAAAAAUGGCGGGAUUUCAAAUAUUUUAUUGUCUAAAAAUAAGAUGUUUCCACUCAUAACCUGGAAAGAACAGGCAAUUUGUCUUCAAAAGUUGCAAGCUGUGGUUAUAACCUUAUCGUUACUUAAUUUUCUCGAAGAAUACCUCAUAGUAAAACGGACUUUAACGACAUCAAUUUCCUUGCGUUGUACUGGAAAUGUGCAUGCGUAGCUCCGAUUUUUUUCAAGAUGCAUUCACAAAAUGUGUUCAUAUAAGGAAGUUCCUGGAUAUAUAAGGUCCGGAGCUCCACUGUGGACACAAAAACAACAUAUCUUUGGAUAGUGAUUUGCCCCAAAAAAUUAACCCUUGCCCACAAUGUGUUUGAAGGCACUGAACUUGUCGCACUCGAGCUGAUAUUUUAAAACCCUCGCUCGAUCGGACACUAGUAGUUUGGCAGAUAACUAAAAUAUAAACAAAAUCCUCAAUGUAGAAGUUAUUGCAUUGAUAUGCGGGCAGAAAAAAGGUCAAUCUUUAUCUAGUAAAAUCUUCCCAAAAAUCGGUUUUAAAGCAACUAUAGUUUAUUUUUAAACUUGAUCGUUUCGCGUACUAAGAGAUAAAUAUAAAUUAUGCUUUGUGUUGUCAAAUUGAAAAUGCAUAACAUCUGUCAAAAACCUACACGUAAGUAGGAUUUCCUUCAAACAAAGAUAAAAUUACAUUAUUGCAAAAACUUCUUGCUGACAAUGAAGAAAUGAAUUUUUUGUACGAAAACAACCUACCUAAAGAUCUUAAAAGCAAAAGAUCAGUCGCAGUGAGCUUCGCAGCUAAACUAUGAUUCACCAUGUAGCUCUUCUCGCUUUAAUAACUCAGUGAAUAACUGGUCAAUGUGAGGGUCUUCAUUCAAGCAAAAAAAAACUCAGCCAGUCGUUACAAAAUUCAGAAAACUGCACAUAAGGGUAUUUGUUUUGCUCGCUUCAGACAAAUCCAGCUCCAGCAAUUCAGUGUUACGGGCAGAGUCAAUUGUUUUGAAGUCACUGCCGGCAGUUGUCCUCUACUUCACAGCGAGUGAAAUGGAAAAUUUGCGUACAGAAAGUUAUUUCUUAUAAAGAACAGAAACUUUCACAGUGCAGUGGAAAACAAAACUAUGUAAUUAAAAGUGAAGAAAACUCUGACUACUUAUAGUAUUUGAGCAACAGAAAAAUGAUUCUUUUCUUCUAGAGUAAGUUUACUGGCCUUCUACCGGUAUUUCCGAGAAAGUUUUACGGCGCACAAAAUGGUUCUUUGACUGAAGAGAAGGAUAAAGCUGGUUCUACAGAGGGAAUAAAUCUGGGCAUGUGAAAAAGUAUUUACUAAUUUAAAAAAAAAGUGGGUUUUAAUUCAGCCCGGCGAAAGAAGGCGAAAUCAGACAUUCCAACCCCUUUUGAGGAGAAAUAGGGAGGCUCUAUUAGCGCCAAAGGCGCUAAGACGAGCGCCAAUGGCGCGAGCUUCUAGGGGGGUCUGGGGGCAUGCCCCCCCAGGAAAUUUUGCAAAUUUAGUUUCUCUCAAGUGGCAUUUCCUGCAUUUUGACAUCAUUUUUGUGGUUUUCUUUAAGGUCUUAGAUUCUGAAAAGAUGGAUUAACAACAGCAAAGAAGUGUAAUAAGUGUAAUACGUAACGUUUUACACUCAGAUCGCAAAAAAUACUUAUAAGAUAAGCAAUUUUUUUCUUCUUUUCAGAAUUUUAUGAUAAAUCGGGAGAACCUGAUAAAAAUCGGGAGAGCGGGAGGCAACACAUCAAAUCGGGAGACUCCCGAUCAAAUCGGGAGGGUUGGAAUGUCUGCGAAAUCAACUCACAAAUAAAUCGAAUGAACAAUCAAAAAAAUACUCGCCUCUUUGGAAAUGUUCAAAACUCUUUAUUCCACCUCAGACUGACGGAAUGAUCCGUUUUUCCUUUAACAUUGGUUGUUCCGAGUCCAAAGUAAUUUUCAAGUGACGAAAAACAAAAACCACACAAAAGUAAAAAGGCUUUUCGAGGAGCACACGUUCACACCUUGUGCAUUUCAUUCAGUCUUAGUCAACUGUCGAGUAGCACAGUCAACACACAGAAAAGCCCGCCUUGAGCCUGCGAUAAAGGAUGCGCAGAAGCUUGCGCAGAACGUUUUUCCGCCCUGAAGGGGCGAUCAUGUAAACUCGGUUCCAGACCUCGCUGCCAGCGCCCCCUGAUGUUCAGGGCGGAAAAACGUAGUGAGCAUGCGUGAACUUUUUUGCCCAGAUCCCCUGGCCGGGUUUGAAAAAAUGGCGGGAUUUCAAAUAUUUUGUUGCCUAAAAAUAAGAUGUUUCCACUCAUAACCUGGAAAGAACAGGCAAUUUGUCUUCAAAAGUUGCAAGCUGUGGUUAUAACCUUGUCGUUACUUAAUUUUCUCGAAGAAUACCUCAUAGUAAAACGGACUUUAACGACAUCAAUUUCCUUGCGUUGUACUGGAAAUGUGCUUGCGUAGGUCCGAUUUUUUUCAAGAUGCAUUCACAAAAUGUGUUCAUAUAAGGAAGUUCCUGGAUAUAUAAGGUCCGGAUCUCCACUGUGAACACAAAAACAACAUAUCUUUGGACAGUGAUUUGCCCAAAAAAAUUAACGCUUGCCCACAAUGUGUUUGAAGGCACUGAACUUGUCGCAUUCGAGCUGAUAUUUUAAAACCCUCGCUCGAUCGGACACUCGUAGUUUCGCAGAUAACUAAAAUAUAAACAAAAUCCUCAAUGUAGAAGUUUUUGCGUUGAUAUGCGGGCAGAAAAAAGGUCAAUCUUUAUCUAGUAAAAUCUUCCCAAAAAUCGGUUUUAAAGCAACUAUAGUUUAUUUUUAAACUUGAUCGUUUCGCGUACUAAGAGAUAAAUAUAAAUUAUGCUUUGUGUUUUCAAGUUGAAAAUGCAUAACAUCUGUCAAAAACCUACACGUAAGUAGGAUUAUAUUUCCUUCAAACAAAGUUAAAAUUACAUUAUUGCAAAAACGUCUUGCUGACAAUGAAGAAAUGAAUUUUUUGUACGAAAACAACGUACCUAAAGAUCUUAAAAGCAAAAGAUCAGUUGCAGUGAGCUUCGCAGCUAAACCAUGAUUCACCAUGUAGCUCUUCUCCUCGCUUUAAUAACUCAGUGAAUAACUGGUCCUUGUGAGGGUCUUCAUUCAAGCAAAUUAAACUCAGCCAAUCGUUACAAAAUUCAGAAAACUGCACAUAAGGGUAUUUGUUUUGCUCGCUUCAGACAAAUCCAGCUCCAGCAAUUCAGUGUUACGGGCAGAGUCAAUUGUUUUGAAGUGACUGCCGGCAGUUGACUGGCCUUCUACCGGUAUUUCCGAGAAAGUUUUACGGCGCACAAAAUGAUUCUUUGACUGAACAGAAGGAUAAAGCUGGUUCUACAAAGGGAAUAAAUCUGGGCAUGUGAAAAAGUAUUUACUAAUUUUAAAAAAAAGUGGGUUUUAAUUCAGCCGGGCGAAAGAAGGCGAAAUCAACUCACAAAUAAAUCGAAUGAACAAUAAAAAAAAUACUCGCCUCUUUGGAAAUGUUCAAAACUCUUUAUUCCACCUCAGACUGACAGAAUGAUCCGUUUUUCCUUUAACAUUGGUUGUUCCGAGUCCAAAGUAAUUUUCAAGUGACGAAAAACAAAAACCACACAAAAGUAAAAAGGCUUUUCGAGGAGCAAACGUUCACACCUUGUGGAUUUCAUUCAGUCUUAGUCAGAACUCUCUCAGUGACAAACAAACAAACUGUCGAACACAGUCAACAGGGGUCAACACACAGAAAAGCCCGCCUUGAGCCUGCGAUAAAGGAUGCGCAGAAGCUUGCGCAGAACGUUUUUCCGCCCUGAACCCCUGAUGCGCCCAGUGUAGGAAACGGGAUUGGAAGUUUUUCAGAAAAGGAAGCAGAGUUUAGAUCCCGGGUUUUGAUUCAUCUCUCUCACGAGAUGGGUACCCGACCGUGUCAAGAUUGAAAUGAGGUACUCUAACAGUUUUUCCCAUGAACCUUUGUGGGUCGUGACGCACCCCGCCUGAGUGUGGCCUGAGUGUCACCCCGUAGACAGGGCUGAAUAACGUACUACGCAUGUCCCUGACAUCACUUGUUUACUUGUCUAGCACGUGCGCGAAGCAUUCGGGCAAAGUGAAAUUCUUGCAAGACCAUUUUAUCUUCGACCAUCCAAACUCAUAUUUGCGAAUGCCAACGAAGGAGAAAUUCUACGAAUACGUUAGAAAUGCAACUCAUGGAAAGAAAUGUUACGUAAUCCAGGGAUCAAGGAAAAUGUUUUUGACCGUCCCGGCGAAGGUUUUUCAUUGUUUUGAUGCAGAUCGUCAGUAAGUUUGCAGAAAGAUGACUGAGAAAUUAAAAAAGAGCAAUGUGCUGGAGUUUGGGCGACUUUUCUUCGAUGGUACGUAAACGAUUUACUUAAACAUUACUUUAUUCUGGUUAAGGAGGUGCAAAUCUUUGAAAUGUAGGCCGAGCGAUAGCAGUUGUUGACCGUUUCUUGGUGGCAAGAAAGCCGGCUUUGAGCGCGAUGAUACCAUCAGACACAAGAAGUCAUGAAAGUCAUAAACUUAGUUACAAAUCUUAGUGCAAUGAAAGAAGCUUUUUCCUACCUCUAGCCGGCUUAGAGGCGCUGGUCGAGCUGUAGAAUCAGUAUUUAUUCAGUUAAGUUUGUUUAAAAUUUAAUUUGCACCUUUAAGCUUAGAAUGAAUAAACUUUUAAAGUUUAAAGCCGUUGAAGUUUUGAGAAACAAUCACAAGUUGGCUCAGCUCUAUGUGAGUUUUCGUAUUAACUAUAGGUUUUCCAUUUAUGACAGGAUUGAAUGAAGCAGAAGAAUCAAGGAAUGAAGAUCUAGACUUUGAAGAGAAAAAUAAAUGAAAGUUCUUCUCCUUGUAAUGAAGCCUUUUAGAGAACUUCAAGUCAUUAAUACUUUUACCAGCAAGCAUCGACUGUAUUACUUACCCAUUUACUCUUUUCAACAUUAAUUUUGCCUGUUGUCGUAUACAAAAAUUCAUAAUAGAUCUUUUGAGCUGAGCUAACAAUGAGUCAUAAAGGAAAACAAGUUUGGAAGAAAGAACUUGAUUGAAUUCGAAACCUCAGUGAUUGUUUUGUGUUCUUACAGUUCUUAUAGUGAAACCAAGCGAGAUAUAACAAGAGAAAUAACUAAAAGACCAUCAUUCAAGGAAAAACAAAGAUAAAUAAAAUGUACCUUUAAUACUGACACUGAUAUGAUGUCCGGACGAUUUCUUAGAACUGAUAACAUAUUGAUAGUCUGUACUUUCAUGUGUUUACGCUUGAAAAUGUACACAUUCGAAUGAAAGAACUGUUUUCGGCUUCGUCCGUGCAUCUUCUUUUGUUCAUAGAAAAAAGUAGAAGAAAAAUUACAAGGGUAGAAACGAGAAUUAAAUAAAGUAUGAAAUAAUCUACCUUUAGUUUAAAUGGGAGCCUUGAAUAUUCAGAAACCACCUUAAUAAUCGCCAAAAAGUGAGGAUGUUUUGAAAAAUCCUUUGCAAACGAUACUAUUAUUGAAGGGACGCUUCGUUCGUGCGUCUUCUUUUGUUCAUAGAAAAAAGUAGAAGAAAAAUUACAAGGGUAGAAACGAGAAUUCAAUAAAGUAUGAAAUAAUCUACCUUCAGUUUAAAUGAGAACCUUAAAUAUUCAGAAUCCACCUUAAUAAUCGCCAAAAAGUGAGGAUGUUUUGAAAAACCCUUUGAAAACGAUACUAGGUUAGAUCCCAGACCUCUCCCGUCUAUGCACAUGCGCAGACGUUGUUCAGCUCUGCCACCCCGUAGAUUUCCAAGAAGCCCGAUCCUUUCUAAGAAAAGUUAUAAUUGUAUGAUGACGUAGCGUUUCUCGGAAAGAGAUAAUAUAACCGUAGAAAAACGUAGCAGGCCUUCCUAAAGAUUCAACCGACGCAGCACAGUGAAGAUUUUACGAAGGAAACAAGUCGAAGAACACAGCUUAACUCAACUUGUUAGAGGUACUUCAACCCUUGUUCGUUUUAUUCAAACAUGUUCAUGUUAUUGAGAUGUGUAUGUAGGACUUAAUCGAAUCGUAUUUUCAUCGAGGAUCCAUGCAGUCAUGGCCGCCAUGGGCUCCUACACGCAACUGGAAGAAUAGUCAGGGCCGUAGCCAGGAAGAAACUACAACCGAGGCGAACACACGGUCCGUUGUACGAAAUCAGCCGUAUGAAAUCUUCUAAUAUUAUCAGUCUGAUAAAAAAAAUAAAAAUCGACAGUAUCUGGUAAAAUUUUACCGAGGCGAGUGCCUCGGUUCACCUCAUACUGGCUACGGCGGUGAUAGUACAAUACACUUUCGUAAACUUGAUUUCAGAAGUGUUAAAAACUGGAAUAAUCUUCAAUGUAUUGCAGCAUACGCGUUCUUAAAAAAAACAUUAGUUUGCCUAAUGUUACAAGGUGAAGACCGAAGUGUUUUUGUCUACUCGUUGUAGUCAAUGUGAAAAUGCUGAUUAAAGCAGGUACAGUUGGAUUUCAAACCAGCAGCGAAUGCCUAAUCACUCCCAAGUUUUAGUGAUUAAAUUAGGGUCAGAAAACUACAUGUUUAAGUGAAUCAAGUUCCUCGAUGGUUUCCCUGCAUAGUGUCUAGAUUCACUAUUUUUUUUAAUCACUAAUCUUGCACAGUCAUUCGGUGUUCGGUGUUGAAAGAGGCGAUUUCAUAUCUAAGUUGUUGUUGGAGCCAAUACUCCCUUUUUUCAGGGCUAUAUAUAAGGAUAUUAAUAAGAACAUAAAAUCUAGAAAAGGAGACAAAGAACUGACUUUGAAAAACAGGUACCGAUCAUUUUAUAGUCUUCAGUGAAUUUAUGCAGAUUGAAGAAACACAAUAAAUUGGUCAACUACACUACAGGGUAAUAGGAGAUAACUUAUCCUUUCAGAUGAACCACUUUUAGCCCAGGAUAAAAAAGGUAGAUUUAAGGCAACACCAUGGUCAUUGGCUAUACUGAAUAACAGAAAUGUUAUAUUUCAAGUGAGGCUCCGAUAUGGAAUGCCUCGUAGGUAUGUAGGGUUGGAGUUAAAAAUUAUCGAUAUUAAAUUCGGACAUGUAGAAAUGCGACAAACGCAGACUGCAGACUUGCAGACUGGCAGGUUAACGAGGAAAAGUUUGUUGUGGAAUGCUUUAACAGAGUCCCUAUCCCUAAAGUUUAAGUCAUUUAAAGUGUAGUUUAGAGAUAGGGAAUCUGUUAGAGCAUUCUACAACAAUGUUUACUUCGUUUAUCUGCCAGUCUACACUAGUCUACGUUUGUCGCGCAGCGCCGCCUUCACUACAGAACUGAAAACUUAACGGUGAAUUGUUUUGAUGUCUGUUUUUUUUUCUGCACAGAAGAACAGAGUUGCUGGGAAUAUCGACAAAAUGGACAAACCUGGAUCGCAGUCCGGUGGAGAACCGAAGAACCCGAUGACACAAGAUGCAGCCGCCCGUAUUCAGAGCUCUGAGGCGAAACAACAUGGUGGUGGAGUGCCAAAAGGAAGCUUUUCUUCUCGUGCUCAAUCUACUGCAGACAAGCGUGCUAACCAGAACAAUUAG